AUGGAGAUGCUGUGGCUGCCAGCCGUGAGCAGGGAGCCUCAGGGCAAACAACAUCAGGAUCAGUUCGAACAUCAUCUGACUGAUACCACCUUCUCGCCAUCAGGCCCUCAAAACGAGGCAGCGCCUCUACAAAAUGCACGGCCUAAUUCAACGCAGCCAUUCACAAGUCGUCUGCAGGACGAAGACCAGAGUGUCAAAAUGUCUCGUGACACUCACUUCCAGUUAUGCAGCUUUGUGCCACCAAGAACCAGUUUAAGUGAAUUCAUGUGCGCCUCCGCAGAAUCGCAUCAGCCGAUUUGUGUUGAACGACGGGCUUUCUCAAAAGAAGAAGAAACAACUUCCCCGGAGUUAAUUGAGAAAGAGAAGUGGAAAAGACUGGCUAUGCACACGUCGGAAAUGAUCACCACUAGGGUUGGAAGGCGCAUCUGUCCGCAUUUGUCAGUAAACGUCAGCAGCCUUGAUCCGAAAGCGGUGUACUCCAUCGUCAUAGACUUGGUACAAUUACAGCCUAACGCUAUGACAUACAACAGGAAUGGCACUUGGACGUUUCGUGAAUCUACAGCCCAAUACCCACCACCUGAAGGAACUCGCAAGAACUGA